CGCUGCCGCGUCUCCAGUUUUCCCGAGACACGCAAAUCGACGCAAAUGACACAGAUUUCGGUCCAGAUUUGAGGAAAAUUUUCCGAUCGACAAAUGAACGCAGAAAGUUCAGUGGCGGAAAAUCCCUCGCUCUGAGAAAGGGUAAAAUUUAUUACGCGUUGAGAGGAAAAAGGCCACUUUCUUCCAUCAUCGAAUUAAAAAAUCAGUGGCGUUCGGACGCGGUAAUGUGGUGUGUUUUUCCUAAAUUUUGGUAAAGAAACUGUGUAUCGUCUGAUAAACUUUCCGAUAAAGAACCUUCGCAAUGGCAUAUUUCAUAACAAGGAGUAUCCUGCUUUUCGUUACGCUCUUCGCGGACAUCAGCAUUUUCGACGUGCGAGCGCUAAGGGACAUGCACAUCAAAGUGCCGGAAGCUGUAAGAGUAGGAGAUUCCGUGACAUUGGCUUGCGAUUACGAUCUGGAAUCUGCAGCCCUUUACACCAUCAAGUGGUAUCGAUAUGACUCCGAAUUCUACAGAUAUGUGCCCAAGGAGUCGCCGGCAUCCAAAGUUUUCCCCACGCCGCAUCUCAUCGUCGACAUGUCAAGAUCCAACUCAACUCUAGUGACUUUAACGGACGUGAAGAGGGAGACUUCUGGAGAAUUUAAGUGUGAAGUUUCAGCGGAUGCACCACGCUUUCAUACCGACAUACGUGCCGCGAAUUUACUUGUUGCAGAUGUGCCAACAGAAGGCCCAGUGCUGAGGACAGAAGUUCAGGAAAAAUCGAUAGGGGCUAGGAUAAAGGCUAAUUGCACAACGCCGGGGUCUUUCCCACCCAUGAAUAUUACUUGGUUCAUCAACGAUGUUCAGGUGCAUCCAAAGCACGGCAUCGACAUUCACAAUUCGGUUGAACGCUACGAUGCUUUGCCGGGGCUGGAAACUGUCCGUUCCAUGAUAUCCAUCAACGCAAGUCUAGAGCUCUUCAAAAACGGUAAAAUGAAAAUACGGUGUUUGGCCACGAUGUUUACGUUGUACCGGAGAACACAAGAGUCGGAACUUCACGACGACGCUCCCCAGCUUGCCCUCAUUAUGAUACCAACAACACAGAGCAACGAAGGAAUUUUUUUCAGCAGCGGAACCGGCCAGAUCCACAUCACCAACGUCUUCAUGGUAAUUUUGUUAUACUUUGUUCACCUACACGCUUGGUUAAGAAAGUUACAAUAAACACAAUAUCGAGAGACUUGUAAAAUGAUUUUAAAAAGUGAUAGUGUUUAAAAUAAACCGUGAUAAACUACAGAGGGUUGAAGUGUGGAGACUGAUGUGUGAUCGAUUUAGAUAAUAAAAAAGAACUGGCCCAAAGUAUGCGAGACAUUUAGUUGUGUAUGAUAAUGCCAAAUCAGUGUGAUUACCGUAACAUUUUAACUACGUAUAUGUAAUAUGCGGCGCAAUAACUGUAGUGUAAUUAUAGCAAAAUUUAAAAUUUCUGUUUGAUAAGUAUAUAAAUUAAUUGAACUAUUUUUUGUACAAAUGUAUUUUUUUUCUUUUACAUCUGCUAUUAAUCCUGUCGUACACCUGAAUUGCUCAAAAUUGCGUUUACUUUAAUUAAAUUAUUUUCUUUUAGUGUGGGUAGGUACUUUCAGGAAAUUGACUCCAAACGACGGUUUCCCGAACGUACUUCGAAAAGCAGGUGUGAAUAUUCUUUUUGUAAUAACUGUACGAACUUGUUUACGUUUAUUUACACGUGCUGUAUAUGACGUGAAAUCCAUACUGAAUAUUCACACUUGCAACAUAAGGGGAAAAACAAAUUUUGUAUUAUGAAGUUCUGAAAAUUUAUGGUCGUUAUAUGUAAAUAUUAUAUAGAAUAACCGACAACGUGAAAAUUUAUAUUUUAGGUAGACGUAGGAUCAAGAUCACACUUCUCGUUUUCUGUUUACCUUGAAGAUCGUACAGACAAAGUUUUCCACAGAAUGAUAAAUCUGCGUUUAAUGAAAAUGUGACAUAGUUCGUGUAAAAUGCGAUUUUCAUUGACUCGCUACAUCCGGAGGUAAUCAAUUUAAAUACUCACAGAUUUUGCGACAGCGCAGACUAAAUAAAGAUUUCCCGAAUGUGAUUAAUUCACGAUAAGGAAAAAUUCUCCCUCUUUCAGUUUGAGCUCAUUGUUAAGUUUUGGAGCAAUGUUUAAUAAUAACAGUUUACAACAGAUGCGACGACUGUCUUAAAAAUAUGUGGAAGUAUUCAAUCGAUCUUAAUUAACCUGACAAUCGUUCAUGUAAAUCGUUGAUUUGAGUCCGUUGGCACAAAUAAUAUAAAAAGAGCCUAAGUGACGUGUGAAACACAUCUUUAAAAGUAACGGAUGUUCAGUUGAAAAAGUCAUCAAGUUGGCGUUGCUUUUUUGAUAAAAGAAAAGGUGGCGAAAACGCAUGUGUUUUAUUAAUCCAUACUGUUACUCAUAAUUGGUAUUUCUGAGUUGUCAGCUGGCAUCGAUUAAAUUUUAGGUUUAUUGUAGACAUACGUCACAAUGUUGAUAAAAAAUCAAUGUCAACUUGAUGACUUUUUCAAGUGAUAGUUUCAAGUAUUUCAUAAAAACUGCUAUGUAGAACAAAGUUGCGUAAGCUGGGUAUUUCCUUACAAACUGCACGGUUCCUUCCGUUCUCUACAAUUGUCAAAUAAUAAUGGCCCAUAACUCUAAACUGUGAUAACUUGAAACCUGAGGAACUAAACUACAACACCGGCUUAUUAAUAUAAACAAAGUUUGAUGACAACGAAAUUCAAGUUGCCGUAUAACUAACGUAUCCUGUCACUCUCGGCAAGUACGAAGCAUAAUAAACGCCUCUUACUACAGCUAUGUGAUUGUUUAGUCCACUUUAACUUUAUUAUUAUCAUAGCUUUGAAACUGUUACUCCUGUUAAAUAAAGUUAUAAUCCACCCCUUUUUACCGCUUGGCGUUUAUGAUAUCUAAAACAAUUUAUGUACGCUGUUAUUUAAAUCUUAACCCUGUUUAACCCACGGAGAUGUUUUAUGCUGAUGAUAUCUAGAAAAUUAUGUAUCAACGUGGAAGAUAACUCAGGUUAAUUGUUUGGAAAAUGUACCCUAUGUUAUUUCAAAUUGUAUUACCUACGAGUAAAAAUCUGAACUACAAAAACAAUCGAUUGGAUGUUUUGUGCAUAAAAUUAAUGACGAAAUUGAGAUCUGUGUUUUUGAUUAUAUGGCUUGUUUUUGUCAUAGCAAUUAUUAAAAUGACGAAUUUGAAGUAUGUGGUUUUGAUUACAUGGCUUGUUUUGAUCAUAGCAAUUAUUAAAAAUAUUUUCUAAGCUUUAAAAAAUUAACUUGUGACAGUCACUUUCAAAGAGUUCAUGGUGGUAAAAAAUAUUUGCGGUGAUUACGUAAACACGCUGUAUUUUAAUAUGUGAGUAUUUUCUUAAAACCAAAUUUUAAUAUCAUCUACAUUUUCAUAAAUUUUUGGAAAAUUGUGUCAAAAUGUUUUCUUAUAACUUCGUAGUAAUCA